ACAGAUCACAAGCGCAUUCAUGCGGGAGAUUAUCAUUCCAUCUGCCAAACUCGUAUGCUUCUGUUUUGAUCGCAUAUUCUCUGCUGAGGCUACAUUUUUCUUUCGCCUCUCACCUGGGUUUUUUAGGCAAGAUUGCUUAUGUUCAAUUGUGCAUUGCGAUUUGGGGAUAAAUAUUUUAUUUUCAUAGCUGGAGCGAUUGACUUUGUGCAAACGGGCUUUGAAGAGGGGAUUUGAUCAACUCAAGUCAAAGGUUUUGUUGGUACUGUACAAACAUAUUAAGGGAUUUGAGGAGGGAUGACGAAGCCGGAAUUCAACGUAGGGGACAGGAUAUCGUGGAAUUACGGCAAAGGCAAAGGAAAGGGUCAUAUUGUGGAGAGAGUGAUCAAACCUACGAAACUCUAUGGGAAAAACUUCAAGGCUUCUCCUGAGGAACCUAAGUACCGUAUAAAGAGUGAUAAAGGGAAGGAGCUGAUUCGAAACCCAGAGACUUUACAGAUGUUGCUGGAGGAUACUGCUGCUGACGAUAACGAGGAGGAAGAAAUGGAAGCUGUGGAGGAUUCUCAGGAUGUAUUAAAUGACAAUGACGAAGAUCCUGUCGCAGAUAUUGAAGGUGCUGAAAAGAAGGAAGAGAUUACAGAAUCCCUGGCCUCCAAACAUCGCGAGGUAGAAGCGAAGGCAGAAGAAAUGAAGGAUCGCCCAAGGCAGGUCUCUAAAGAACGGGAACUGGGUGCAGAGCCUGGGAAGCCCUUGGAACAGAUGCCUGGGGCGCAAAUAAAACUGGACCAGAUAUCUGGAAAAACGAAGCCAUUCUUGGAUGCUGCGGACGACAAUGCAGAUCUGGCCAAGGUUGAGGUUCACUAUGAUCCUGUCAAAGAAGGUCCUCUAAAUGCCUCCAAUGGCAAUGGUGAUGUUGUAAUGGAGGAAUCAGGAGGACUAGCCAAAAAGGAAUCUCCUCACGGGUUGCCGCAUGAGACGGUUCCUCAGCCAGAUCUAAACGCCGUCAAGUAAUUGAGCUGCUUUUCAAUUCCUCACUGAAUGUAUUCAAGUAGUUGAACACAUCUGAAUGCAGGUUUGAUGCAAAUGUUGAAGUAAUGUUAUGAAAGAUUUUCUAGAUUCCAAGUUGGUGGAAUUGAGUGCAA